AUGUCUUGCGACGCCGGCUGGUCGUCCGCGGCGUGCACCAAGUGCGUGGGCCAAGGGUCCAUCCCCGCCGCCGACGGCUUCGACCCGUGCCCGCAGUGCGGAGGCGCGGGCAAGGUGCGAACCCGAUCGGCGUGCUGCGCGCGCCACGACGACGAAGCGGAGAUCGGCCACUCUUCGGGGGGGGGACACGGCCACGGCCACGGCCACGGCCACGGGGGGGGGCCCGGGUCUCCGGUCUUCGGCGCGAUCGGCCCGCCGGGCAGCACCCUGCCGGGGUUCACCGGCGUGAUACCCGCGUCCCUGGAGGAACUCUUCGCCAACCUGGAACUCGUCAACCACGAGGGCGAUCCGGUGGUGGCGAAGGAGGCGUUCGAGAACAAGGUGGUGGGCGUGUACUUUAGCGCGUCGCACUGCCCGGCGUGCGUACGGUUCUCCCCGACCCUAAACGCCUUCACAGAACGAAACGCGUCCGAUUACGUCACCGUCCUCGUUCCGGGCGACAAGGACGAGGCGUCCGCGGCGCGGUAUCACAAGGAAGUUCUGGGCGCCAAUUUCCUCUCCGUCCCGCACGGCAGCAUCCACCGAACGCUCCUGAUGACCGCGUACGGCGUGUACGCCAUCCCCGCGCUGCACGUGUGGCACUUUCGCGACGCGAAGCACGUCACCGCCUGGGGGCACACGGCGGUGACGAGGGCGCCGGAGACGUGCGUCAGGGACUGGCACGCGGGAGAGCCGGGGUGGUCGUGGUUCGACGUGGCGGGGGUGCCAAAGUCGUGGCGGUGCGUGGGGGUGCCCAACUCUAUGGUUCGCAAACCGUUGCUCACCGCGGAAGGAGGCGCCGCGGAAGCGUGA